AAACCUACGCUUUACACAUUCUGUCAGCAUCACAAAAUCCAAAAAUUCCAAUGUUAUGUUCCUUGUUUGCCAAAUAUCAUGUGCUUUCUUUGCCAGCUUUCAGCAAUGCUCUGUGACCGUGACUUUCGCGUUUGACAUUUGCGUCAGCUGCAGUGGUGCGAAACCAGUCACCUGUUGUCCUAUCUCGGUCCCACGGCGCUAUCGGUUCUCUGUUUGUGUCUGAACCAGCUCCAUGGCCGGCCUCAGUCAUGUCAACCAGCCUGAGACGCAGACGGUUUGCGUCGUAUUUCUCCGUACGCUGCAUCAAGCGUGCUGAGUGACAGUACAGGGCCAGUUUUGAGCAGACUCCAGCCUGUGUGGCCUCUUGUCAUCAGGAUUUGAAGGCCCUUUGAUCCUUUGCUCCUCGCCCGAAGCUCCGGCGUUCCCACCAGUACACCGCGCUCUCAAUAUGUCCGCUCGCUGUGCCGGCACGGCGGUCCUCCUGGCGGCCGUCCUGCUGGACGUGACCUCCGCCGCCCUCCCCGACCCCGCCGAGUGGGACGGCUACAAGGCCGCCCACGGCAAGCGUUACGGCAGCCUCCAGGAGGAGCUGCGCCGUAUGCGGGUGUACGCCGACAGCAAGGCGUUCGUGGCGCGCCACAACGCCGAGUUCGCCGCCGGCCGGCAGACGUUCACUGUGGCGCUGAACCGGUUCGCCGACCUGACCCGGGACGAGGUGAACGCGCUCUACAGCGGGCUGCGGGCACGGCGCCGCGGCCCCGGGCCGGCGGCGGGGACGCGCCGCGCCCGCCGGCCCUCCGAGCCCGAGCCGCCGGCCGCCGUCGACUGGAGGGAGCGCGGCGUGGUGACGCCCGUCAAGGACCAGGGCCAGUGCGGCUCGUGCUGGGCCUUCUCCAGCACGGGCGCCAUCGAGUCGGCCUGGGCGCUGGCCGGCCGCGGCCUGCGGGCGCUCAGCGAGCAGCAGCUGGUCGACUGCUCGGCAGAGUUCUUCAACCACGGCUGCAGCGGCGGCACCAUGGACCAGGCGUUCCGCUACGUGGAGGCCAGCGGCGGCCUCAUGUCCGAGGAGGCGUACCCGUACACGGCGGCGGACGGCGGCGCGUGCCGCGCCCAGCCGUCCGGCGCCGCGGCCAACAUCACCGGUCACGUGGACGUGAUGGCGGCCGGCGCCGAGCCCGUGCUGGCCGCCGCGCUGGCCGCCGUCGGCCCCAUCUCGGUGUCGAUCGACGCGUCGCAGCGCUCGUUCCAGCUGUACGCCGGUGGCGUGUACUCGGAGUCGGCCUGCAGCUCCAUCUGGCUCGACCACGGCGUUCUGGCCGUCGGCUACGGCGCCGAGAACGGCACCGCCUUCUGGCUGGUGAAAAACUCGUGGGGUGCAGAGUGGGGCGAGCAGGGCUACAUUCGCAUGGUCAGGGACGGCACCAACCAGUGCGGCAUCGCCAGCGAGGCUGUCUACCCCGUGGUCUGAUGCCUGAAACAAUGAGGAAACGCCGACCGUAGUAGCUUAAGUGGGUAGUGUAUCUUGCCCGGAGCUUCAACAGAAUUUACAGAUAAAAUAAGCGGUAGUUGCGUCUAUUGCUCAAAUACCAUUGUAAUUAACAUCAUUCAACGCCUAUUACUACAACAAAGUGCCUACAGAUAUGUUAUUUUGUUGACUUAAGUGUGGCAAGCUAACAACGCAAAAGUAGUCAACGUUUUUAGGUUAAUAUUUUGUGGAGCAGAACCUAACUUCUUUUCUAGAAUGAGCAGCGUGAAUGAAAAGGAAUAGUAAAAAAAAUACCGUUGAAUCACUUUCUUGAGGAAAAAAAAAUAAGAAUAGCUUAAACAAGAAGAAUACCUAUGAUUCAAAGUCAGCGUGAAUAUGAUUUCGGGAACGUUCCGUUUUUAGUUGAAACUAAGACAUCUAUUUGAUUUCUAUGCCUCAGAUUUUUUAAAGGGUUGAGUAGGUACCUUUGGGCUACUGUACGUCUAUUGAGAAUAUACCUGCCUAUGAAAAAUAUUCACUUUAGAAGGAAAAAAUAAAUAAACGUUUAAAAAACAUAAAAUCUGCAUGUUGUCUACUAUUGAUUAGAGCGUGCACAAUAAUACGUUUGAGCCAUGUGUGACAUGUCCGAAUUGAUUACGUAGCUAUGCAUCAUUCCACUAAGACUAUUUUAACACUUGCCUAAAAGUCAUUCCACUAAGAACAAUAUGCAGAUACGUGCACUGUAUGUACGGCGUACGCUGGUUGCCUACAGCAUAAUUAGGUCUUCUGGCUGUGGAUUGGUGGUGUCACUGCGCGGUAUCCCUAGCUGGGACAUCCACAUUCCACAUCAUGUGUUUACCGGGCCGGGGCCAUCUGCGUCCAGUCACAUGCCAGUAGGUCCGUCUGUCGUGACAAUCUCUCGUCUGUUACACAUCAAACCACCAAACCAUAUAUCGUCAAAC